UCGUUUGGAGUGAGCACGGUCGAAAACGCAUGUCGUUCGUUCGUGCGUGCGUUGCAAGCAAAACAAGUGGACUUAAUACAGUAUAUCAACGGUGUUCACGAUUUCAAGAAAACUAACCCGUAUUUCGUAAUUCUGUCCAGUUAUGCUGGAUGUGAAAGUCUCGCAGGCCACUUGUUAAAUGCCAUGGCGUUGGUGAAAGUGGGAGGCAAGACCCUUCGUGCCCAUCAGAAUCACACUAAAGAUGAGUCUAGCGAUGCCGACAAGAAACCAGCCAAGAGAGUGUUGGAUGAAGAAACCUUUCUGGAGGAUCUUGAGAAGAUCAUCCAGAGAGAUUUCUUCCCGGACCUGUCCAAGCUGAAGGCCCAGAAGGAGUACUUGGAGGCCCGGGAGCGCAACGACCUGGUACGAAUGAGAGAGCUGGCCCUGAAGUACGCAGGAACUGGACAGACAAGAAGACCUGACGCAGACACGCCUACCCCUUAUGCGGAAGCUACACCGGCCACCUUUGAGACACCGGAUGUUAACCCGAGGUUGCAGACACCCUCGAACCAGAGAAGAGAAUUCCCAGUACGGGAGAGAUUACCAAGGGGACAGAAUGCAGACCAAGGAGAGGACAGGAAAGAUAAGAGUGAUACUUCCCUCACCCUGGACAAGUACCUGGCCAAGCACACCAGCGAAGACAACGCCUCCUUCGACGAUAUCAUGGCGGCGGCGGCCGAGAAGCACCAGCAGAAGCACGCCUGGCUGUACGAGGCGGAGAGAGUCCACGGGCAGGAGCAGAAGGACAUGCUGGCUCUGGAAGGACCAAAGGCCGGCAAACCUGCCGAAGGUUCCUCGGUCACCACCUGGGGCUAUAAGGCCAAGAACGCCGUGAUGUACGUCCCUGAAGGACUGGAGGAAACGCCGGAGGAGCAAAUCUUCAAGAAGCCCAAGGUGCAGCAGGUGGUGCACAAGAACACCCACUUCCAGGCCAGUCCCUUCAGCGCCGGACCCGGCCAGAGCUCGGCCCUGGCCAAGUCGGCCGCCCUCAAGGCCGCCCAGAAGUCGGGCCGGGUGGGGCACGACGGGAAGGAGAUAGCCUCGUCCUCCGAGACGCCCAAGGUGAACGGAUACAGCUUCGUGGGAACGCCCUCGCCUGCACCAGGCGCGUACAACGAGUCACCAAUGAUGACAUGGGGCGAGAUCUCAGGCACGCCGUUCCGACUUGACGGAUCGGACACACCGGCCCGCAAUACAAGCGGCCCUUCUUUCAAAAUGGCAGAUGUUCCCAGGAAGGAGCGACUGGGGUUAUCCUUGGUGGAGGAAGUUUCAAAGAAACACCGCGCCAAGAAGGAGAAAGCGUUGCAGAAGGUCACCCAGUCACUGGUCAGCCCGUCACCAAAGAGACUGGGUACACUCGGGACCACUGAGAGAUUACGCACUCUGACGCCUGCCGCCCAAAAACUCGUCAACAAAAGACUCUCAGGCUUCAAAACGGACAAGGCCCUGAGGCAGAGCUACACACCCUCACCCACCAGAACCCCUGCUGGGGACAAGACCCCUAUCCUGAGAAGCACUCCACGACAAACCCCCUCCCGUACGCCCGGCCAAAUGCCCUUAGGGAGUGACGGGGACGUGUCGGAAGAGACCCUGACGGACAACUUGCUGGACCUACCCAAGCGGAGUACCCGAGGCCGUGCAACAGCGGCAGAUUUCUUCUGAGGGGAGGGGCGGCAAGUCUUGUGGACAUUUUCAGGGGGAGGACACACACGGUGACAGGCAUGCCUGUUCCUUAGUUGUGAGAACCCCAUGUGUUGCACACUGGCGAUAGUUGCGAUGACCUAAAAAAAGUUGCCAGAACACACCGAAGUCCCCACAAUCCAAUCAGAUUUCCGUAGCAAAAGAAAAGUUCCCCAGAGUGCAGUGCCAGGUACCAGAUCAUUGCCGUAAAGACACUUGGUUACCAGGGGUAGUGGUGCUUAGUGGCGAGAGUUUGUAAUUCCCCGUCAUGAGGGUCAGGGGUUCGAAUCCAUUUAAUGGUGACACGUUGUGGCCCGGGUCAAGGCACUUUAAACCCUACUUAAUACCUCUCUCCAGCCGGGAGUACAGAUGGGUGCCUGUUGAGGGCAGAAAUGGUCUUUGCAUUUCAUUAGCAGUUUGCAGUUAAAAUAAGCAGAAUUGACCUGUACACUGCCAAGAAAGCUGAUGGUUUCAGAAAUAGGUUUACAGGCCUGAUGUACAGGUGGAUAUGUGCACUUUCUACAUGUAUGUAACAUUAUCAUUCUUAUGGAUACAGCAUAGGAGAUGAUAUUAUUGUUCUAAACUUUCAAAGGGCAAAGCAGUGUUGAAGACUAACCUUGUUUGAGUAUCCUGACUUUAUUUUCGCACUCGUGCUAAUGAAGUACUUUCCGGUAGGUUUACAUUUUGGAUCUAUGGAAGUGGCCAUUUUGUAGAAACGCAAACAAAUACAUAAUAAAAAUGCAUUUAUUGAAUUGCA